AUGAGGCAACCUCUGGAAGACAUGAAAGGCAGGCUGCGCUUCUGCCUGCAAUUGCGCCUUGAGGCACUACCGCGUCCCGCCGGUGACGGGCUGGAGGGCGCUCAAGAGCAGCGCCGGGGCGCUGGGCGGAGCAGGAGGAGCAGGCGGUGGGCUGCCCGCGGCCCGCGGGAGCGCGGGGAGAUGCUGUCCCGGCUGGUGCUCAGAUCUGCGCACCUCUCGGCUCUCCGACCCGGGGAGACUGCACCCUACGGCUUGAAGUCAAUACAAAGUUACCACAAUUUCUGCACUGCUGUUUCUAAGGAUGUCACUUAUAAGGAACUGAAAAAGCUGUUGAAUUACAAAAACAUUAUGUUAAUUGAUGUUAGAGAGACAUGGGAAACUCUUGAACAUGGAAAAAUCCCUGGGUCUAUCAAUAUACCAUUGGAUGAGGUAGGUGAAGCUCUACAGAUGAACCCAAGAGACUUCAAAGAGAAGUAUCAUGAAGUAAAGCCAUCCAAAGCUGACAAUCUAGUGUUUUCUUGCUUAGCUGGAGUGAGAAGCAAGAAGGCUAUGGACACAGCAAUAUCUCUAGGCUUUAAGAGUGCUCAACACUAUGCUGGAGGAUGGAAGGAAUGGGGAACCUAUGAAUUUUCAGAGAAGAAACAAGGAAAUUGAAUUUUGGAAUACAAGUUGACUCUCCUUGUGUACAUACAGCCUAGGACAGUGGAAUGAGCAGAAGAAAAAUCUAGUCCUGGCAUUAGGACUAUGAUCCAAAGACUAUGACUAGCAUGGUAGUGACAUAAUUUAAAAUUUAAAAAAUUAAAAUGAUUAAUUUAAUGAUGACAGAAAUCAGAACAGGGGUUAUCUCUCAGGUAGAAAAUUAACUGGAAAACACAAAAAGAAUUUUCUAGGGUGGUGCACAUGUUCUCUUAUGACAUACACAGGUACAUAUAUCAAAAUUCACUGAAGCAAACUCAAAAAUGUAUGUUUUUCUAUAAGUAAC